AAUAACAUACAAAUUGUAUGGCAUACAGGCCUUCAAAGAUUAGAGAAGUUGGACCUUAGUUGGAAUAGUUUCAAUAAUAGCAUCUUAUCAUCAUUGGCUGCUCUUCCAUCACUCAACACUUUGAUUCUCAGAGUCAAUGACAUGGAAGGUUCAUUUCCUAAUCAAGGUUUUGAAAGAUUGGAGAUGUUAGAUAUUAGUUGGAAUAGAUUCAAUAAAAGCAUAUUAUCAUCAUUGGGAGCUCUUACAUCACUCAACACUUUAAUUCUUAGUCACAUGUAUUAUACUAUGAAUGGUUCAUUUCCUAUCCAAGAAUUAAAGAAUUUGAAGAAUUUAACAUUCUUGGAUAUAAGUGAUAACAAUAUCAAUGGCACCCUAUCAUUUAAAGGUUUUCAAAGAUUAGAGGAGUUGGAUUUAAGUAGUAACAGUUUCAAUAAUAGCAUCUUAUCAUCAUUGGCUGCUCUUCCAUCACUCAACACUUUGAUUCUCAGUUUCAAUGACAUGGAAGGUUCAUUUCCUAAUCAAGGUUUUGAAAGAUUGGAGAAGUUAGACAUUAGUUGGAAUAGAUUCAAUAAAAGCAUAUUAUCAUCAUUGGGAGCUCUUACAUCACUCAACACUUUAAUUAUUAGUAGCAUGUAUGAUACAAUGAAUGGUUCAUUCCCUAUCCAAGUUCAUUCCCUAUUAUCAUUGGGAGCUCUUACAUCAUUGAGAGCUAUUUCUGCAGAAUUGAAGAACUUGAAGAAUUUAACAUUCUUGGAUAUAAGUAAUAACCAUUUCAACGGCACUAUAUCAUUUAAAGAAUUAAAGAACUUGAAGAAUUUAACAUUCUUGGAUAUAAGUUACAACAAUUUCAAUGGCACCCUAUCAUUUAAAGAGUUUUCGACUUUCAAAAGGUUAGAGACUUUGAAUUUAAAGGGCAACGCUUUCACGGGAAGUAUUCCGAAAGAUCAUUUGCAGAGAAAAGUUGUUAAUGUUAAUAAUCCUUUUAUUUGUUAUAAUAUAGGUUUGUGUGGUUUAAAAGAUCUUCAACAUUUAGAUCUCAGCUAUAAUGAAUUUGGAGGCACUCUUCCUCAAUGCCUUGGCAAUUUGACAUCUCUCACAUUCCUAGAUCUGUCUGGAAACCAACUAACAGGGUAUCUUCCUUCAUUUUGGCCACCUAAGCUCCAAUCUCUUGAUCUUAGCCAUAAUCAUCUCGAGGGCAUAUUCUCUUUCAAUUAUUCUAGCCUUGAGGUGAUUGGAUUAAGUGGCAACAAAAUUACAUUUGAGAAUGGUUGGAUUCCAUCAUUUCAGUUAAAGACUCUUAUAAUGCAAGAUUAUGGUCUCGAAAGUAUUCCUGAGUUUCUGUUUCACCAAUUCAAAUUGGAAUUACUUGACCUUUCUCACAACAAUUUAAAAGGAAGAUUUCCUUAUUGGUUACUUCAAAACAAUGGAGGACUUGAGAUCCUAAAUCUCAUGAAUAAUUCUUUCAAUGGCCAGCUUGAAAUUGGGGCAAAGAUGCUUCCGAGCAUGACAUAUCUUAAUUUAGCCAGAAAUCAUUUUGAAGGUGACCUCUUUUCUGCUGGCGAUGCCUGUAAAUUAGUCGCUUUAGAUUUGUCUCAUAACAACUUUUCAGGGGAAGUUCCAGAGAGACUGCUUUCAAAUUGCAUUUUCUUGAGCUAUUUGAGGUUAUCUCAUAAUAAUUUUCAUGGUCAGAUAGCAUUGUUUAACUUGACUCGAAUUGCUGAUUUGCAAUUGAAUGACAACCAAUUCGAAGGAACCCUAUCAAGUUUAGUCACCAAUUUUAGUCAUCAAAGCUAUGGCCCUUUGGUGUUACAUUUGAGCAAUAAUCGAUUGCACGGUGAGAUUCCACACUGGAUAGGUAACAUCACAGGAUUGAAAUAUCUCAACUUGCGCAAUAAUCUUUUUCAAGGUCAGAUUUCAUGCCAACAUCUUUCAACGGGAAUAGAGUAUCUAGACCUUUCUUAUAAUUCUUUUUCUGGGUUGCUACCUUCUUGCUUCAAUGGAAAUUCUUUGCGACAAAUAAAUUUGCAAGGUAAUAGAUUCAGUGGUUCAAUACCUAAAGCUUUGCUUAAUAUCUCAACACUGAACUCAUUAGAUUUAAGCGACAACGAGUUGUCGGGCACCAUUCUUAAUAAAUCUGGUGAGAAUUUAAGUAGUUUACGAGUUCUUUUAUUACGAGGAAAUUAUUUCAGUGGCUUCAUUUCAAAUUGGUUGUGUCAGCUGAAUAAUGUCAGCUUAUUGGAUCUCUCUAGGAACUCCUUUUCUGGGUCUAUACCCCAUUGCUUAUAUAAUCUCUCAUUUGGAAGGGAAGGAGAAGGACAUCUCUAUGAUCUUCCAUUCAGCGACACACUUUUUGGAUGGGGGAUAGAAUAUGGGGGCAGAAGCGAAACUUACUUUGAUAACAUAGUUUCUUUUGAUGCCGAGGUUGAUGAAGAAAGUGAGUUUGUUACAAAAUAUAGAGUCCACACAUAUAAGAAUAAGGCCCUUAAUUUAAUGUCUGGAUUAGAUUUGUCCGAUAAUAAUCUUACGGGUGAAAUUCCAGAUGAAUUUGGAGUGCUAUUUCAAAUUCAUGCAUUAAAUUUAUCACACAAUCAAUUGACAGGAUCUAUCCCGAGAUCUUUUUCAAAUUUAUCCCAAAUAGAAAGUUUGGAUCUCUCUUACAACAUUUUAAGCGGACAAAUUCCAGUAGAAUUGAUCGAUCUAAACUUUCUGGAGGUAUUUAGCGUGGCCCACAACAAUUUAUCAGGCAGAAUUCCGGACAUGAAAGAACAGUUCAGUACAUUUGAGAGUAAAAGUUAUGAAGGAAACCCAUUUCUUUGCGGAACUCAAGUGAGAAGAAAAUGCCAUGAUGAUAAUGAUGAACCAUCUCCAUCACAAAUGGAGUCACCAAAGUCACCACAAGAAGCACAUGGGAAUUGGUACAAAAUUGAUCGCGAGAUUUUUCUUGCAAGUUUUUCAGUAACUUUUAUAAUAUUUUUUUUGUCUGUCAUCACCAUUCUAUAUGUCAAUUCUUAUUGGCAAGAAAGAUUGAUCUAUCGUACUAGACAAUAUUUAUUUUCAUAUUAUUACUUUCUGUAUGAUAAUUUAGUAAAGUGAUUUGUCUUCGUAUCAUUAAUUAAUGUAAUCAGCUCCUAGAUCAUCUGGAGCUAAUAGUGCUUAGACUAGUAAUGUGAAUUUACAAUUGUUGUGUUUAUAACAAUUUUGAGUAUUAAUCACCAAA